GGGAAAAGGGGGGCUUGAGCCCCUGCCUCUUUAAUUGUGAAAGUGAAAGUACCCUUUUCGGUUCGACGCGAUUUCGCCCCUGCCCCCGCGGAGGUCUGUGCGUCUCAUUUCGCAGGCUGCGCCCUCCGGAGGUCGCGUUUGAAGGCUGCAUACGUCAUCGAGGCGGUCUCAUUUAAGAAAAGUAACUGUGAGAUUGCAAAAUAAUAAAGAAACCUCUCGAGGAAUAAGGCAAGGCACUUUUCUUAUGCGACCUCCGGAGGAAGCAGCCACAGCCAGGAUGGACGUGAAGCUGCUGUGUCUGACUGUUGUUCUCCUCUCCUCACCCCUCCUCACACUGUGUGACCCGCUAUAUGUUCUGUCAGCUCCUAAUUUGCUGCGAGUGGGUUCCUCAGAGAACGUGUUUGUGGAGGCUCAGGAUUACACCGGAGGAGCUUUUGAUGUAAAGAUUACAGUGAAGAACCACCCAAGGAAAGACAAGGAGAUACUGUCUAAAACAGUGACACUGACGGCAGACAACAAUUACCAGAUCCUUACAGAUAUAAAGAUCCCUGAUGAUCAGAACUUCUUCUCUGAUGAUCCUCUGGAGAAGCAGUAUGUGUAUCUACAAGCUCAAUUUCCAACCAAAACUCUGGAGAAAGUGGUCCUGGUCUCAUUCCAGUCUGGAUAUAUAUUUGUACAGACAGACAAGCCCAUCUACACGCCUGGUAGCGCAGUUCAGUACAGGAUUUUCUCUCUGACGCCCAACCUGAAACCACUCAGUCAGUCUGGAGUCACGGUGGAGAUCAUGAAUCCACAAGGCAUCACGGUUUCAUCAGAGAAGACAGAUCCAGUGAAAGGGAUGAAGUCCGGAAAAUACAGCAUUCCUGAGAUUGCCAGUCCUGGGAUGUGGAAGGUGGUCACUCGGUACACAAACACUCCUCAGAAGACGUUUACCACAGACUUUGAGGUCAAAGAAUAUGUGCCUCCAACAUUUGAAGUUAAAUUAAAACCAAGUAAGUCAUUCUUCUAUGUGGAUGAUCGGAGUCUGGCAGUCGACAUUGAAGCCAAGUACCUGUUUGGAAAGAAGGUAGAAGGAAAUGCAUUUGUGAUGUUUGGUGUGAUGGACGGUGAGAAGAAAACAAGUAUUCCUGCAUCUCUUCAAAAAGUUCAGAUAAUGAAAGGAGAAGGUACUGCAGAACUGACCAGGGAGAUGAUCACUAAGACCUUUCCAAACAUUAACCAGCUGGUUGGACAAUCAAUCUAUGUUUCAGUCAGUCUUUUAACAGAAAGUGGCAGUGAAAUGGUGGAAGCAGAAAGGAGAGGCAUUCAGAUUGUGACGUCACCGUACACCAUCCACUUCAAAAAAACACCACAAUUCUUCAAACCUGGAAUGCCCUUCACUAUCUCGGUGUAUGUAACAAAUCCUGACCAGACACCUGCUGAAUAUGUUAAAGUCGAGGUCAAUCCUGGAGGGAUCAGAAGUCAAACAAGAGCCAAUGGUAUUGGCAAGUUUACUGUCAACACUCCAGGAGGAUCUUCUACACUGGAGAUCACUGCAAACACCAAAGAUCCACAAUUAAGAGAUGAACAGCAGGCAGUGAAGAAGAUGACGGCUCAGGCUUAUGUUCCCAAAGGCGGCUCCAACAACUACCUGCAUUGUCGCAUUGAUACUGCAGAGCUUCAGAUCGGUGAUCAAAUACAAGUCAAUCUGAACACUGGACAAAGUCCAGGAGUUAAAGAUCAAGAUUAUACAUAUAUGAUCUUGAGUAAAGGUCAGAUCGUUCAUGCAGACAGGUUUAAGAGGAGAGGACAAUCUCUAGUGACUCUGUCUCUACCUGUAACUAAAGACAUGGUGCCGUCCUUCCGCUUCGUGGCUUAUUACCAUGUGGGCUCGUCUGAGGUGGUGUCUGAUUCAGUCUGGGUUGAUGUGAAGGACACGUGCAUGGGAACGCUCAAGCUUCAGGUGAAGAACAAGAUGAAUACCUAUGGCACAGGAGAUAUGGUCAAGCUUCAGAUAACUGGAGAUCCUGGAGCUAGAGUUGGUCUGGUGGUGGUUGACAAGGCUGUGCAUGGACUGAAUCAGAACAGACUCACUCAGAUGAAGAUCUGGGACAUCAUAGAGAAGCAUGACACCGGCUGUACAGCAGGAAGUGGAAGGGACAGUAUGGGGGUUUUCAGUGAUGCAGGUCUGAUGUUUGAGUCUAGCACUGCAGGAGGAACCAACACCAGAACAACGUUGGAGUGUCCCUUCCUUUCAAAAAGAAGACGGAGAUCACUGGGUGAUGAUGACGACAAAUAUUAUAUACAUUCUGAUGAUAUUGUGUCACAUACUCAGUUCCCUGAGAGUUGGCUCUGGGACGAGAUUGAUCUAUGUGAGAAUUGUCCAGCACCAGUCAGAGAUAAAGUGCUCUACCUGAAAGACUCUAUUACUACAUGGCAGAUCUUGGCUGUCAGCCUGUCACCAACACUUGGCAUCUGUGUGGCAGAACCUGAGGAGAUAGUCGUUUUUAAACACCUUUUCAUUGACCUCAAGAUGCCUUAUUCAGCUGUGCGCGGUGAACAACUGGAAAUCAAGGCCAUUAUUCACAACUACACACCAAAGAAGCAGAAGGUGCGAGUGGAGUUUAUGGAGGCACCAGAUGUUUGCAGCUCCGCCAGUAAGAAAGGCAAACACAGAACAACAGUAAAUGUUGACAAAGACUCCAGCAUAGCAGUUUCAUAUGUGAUUAUUCCCAUGACACUGGGAAAUCACAUGAUUGAGGUGAAAGCUGCAACAAAUGAUUCUGUCCACACUGAUGGAGUGAGAAAGAACCUGAAGGUGGUGUCUGAAGGUGUACUGGUUCCAUUACAUACCCAAAACGUGGAGCUCAAUCCCGUUAAGAAUGGGGAAAAACCUAUAGUUAUUAAAGCUGAAAUACCACCUGAUCAGGUUCCAGACACACCUGUGAAUACCUACAUCACAAUUACUGGUGAAGGGAUCUCUCAGACAGUCGAGCAGGCCAUCAGUGGAGACUUCAUGGGUCGCCUUAUUGUCCAGCCCAGUGGUGAUGGAGAGCAGAACAUGAUCCAUAUGACUCUACCUCUCAUUGCCACUCAUUAUCUGGACAGCACCAAUCAGUGGGAGGCUGUUGGCAUGGAGCGCCGUAGUGAAGCCAUUAACCAUAUCAACACAGGUUAUCAGCGGCAGCUGAUCUGUCGUAAACCAGAUGGAUCCUACGCUGCCAGGCUAGACAGGCCAAGCAGCACAUGGCUGACCGCAUAUGUGGCUAAAGUCUUCGCCAUGGCCAUUGAAUACAUAGAUCUACAGGAGAAUGUGAUCUGCAGCGCCCUCAAGUGGCUGAUUCUCAACAAACAACUGUCAGAUGGCUACUUUAAAGAGGAUUCAGCUGUACUUCAUGGAGAGAUGGUGGGUGACGUACGAGGCAAAGAUGCCGAAGCCUCUCUGACGGCCUUUGUUGUGAUUGCCAUGCAAGAGGGCAGAGAGAUCUGUGCUGGAACAGUUCAUAGUCUGCAUGAAAGUAUCAGGAAGGCUGUUGACUUCUUAGAAGGUCGACUUCCACAACUGACCAAUCCUUACGCUGUUGCGAUGACGUCCUACGCCCUGGCCAAUUCUGAAAAACUCAAUAAAGACAUCUUGAUGAAACAUUCCACCCAAGGAGAAGCCGGUAGGUUUUGGAAUGUCGCUGGACAGCCUCAUUACUCACGAGAGGCGACGGCCUAUGCUGUGCUGGCACUUGUGAAGGCCAGAGACUUCGAUAAAGCAGGAGAGGCAGUGCACUGGCUGGGCAGACAACAGUCUCAUUAUGGCAGUUCUGACACCACACAGGCGACCAUCAUAGUGUUCCAGGCCGUGGCAGAGUAUCGCACGCAGGUGAAGGACCAGCAAAACUUCAAUCUGGACGUGGAGCUGGCAGUGGCAGGAAGAAGCAAACCUGUCAGAUGGACCAUUAAAAAAGAUACUGCGCAUCUUACACGAUCAUACAAGGUGGAGAUCAACAAGGACUUCAAUGUGACGGCUAGAGGAACUGGAAGAGCCACUCUCUCUGUUUUGACGCUGUACUACGCCAGACCUGUUGAGAAGAAGUCUGACUGUACAUUCUUUGAUCUGACUGUUAAAAUGGAAAAAGACACUGAAACAAAACAAGAAGGAGCCCUUGAAACUUACAGACUCACUAUGGAUUUCUUCUACAAAAGUGAUAUAACCCAUGCCACCAUGACUAUUCUGGACAUUGGCAUACCGACGGGAUUUAGGGUGGAAGGCAAAGAUCUUGAAGAGUUGUCCACAGGGAAGGAGAGAUACAUUCAGAAAUUUGAGAUGGACAAAUUGCUGUCAGAGCAAGGAUCCCUCAUCCUCUACUUCGAUAAGGUUUCGCGUACAGAACCACAAAGAAUUUCCUUCAGGAUGCACAAGAUGUUUAAUGUGGGUCUGCUUCAACCUACUGCAGUCACAAUAUAUGAAUAUUACUCACCCAAUGCUCGCUGUACAAAGUUCUUCCAACCUAAAAGGAAAGAUGGCGCUCUAUACACACUGUGUAAGGGAGAUUUGUGCCUUUGUGCAGAAGAAAGUAUCUGCAGUAUCCAGAAGCAUCAGAUCAAAGAACAGGAGCGUUUGAAUAGAGCCUGUAAAUCUGGCAUGGAUUAUGUUUAUAAAGUCACAGUAUUGGAUAUGGAUGUGGUACAGGACUCUGCCAUUUACGACAUGAAGGUGGAGCAGGUGCUGAGAGAAAGCACUGAUGAUAAGAAAGUUGAGGGGAAAGUGAGACCAUUUUUGGCUCGUACCAGUUGCAUAGAGCAUUUGGGAUUAAAACAAGGCAAGUCGUACCUCAUCAUGGGCAAAUCCUCUGACGUGUCACGCCUAGGGGGAAGUCUGCAGUACAUCUUUGGAGAGCAGACCUGGGUUGAAUACUGGCCCACAAGAGAGGAAAGCCAAACUCCAGAAUACAGGGAGCAGCACAUCAGCAUCUCUGCACUCCAGAACAGGCCCUUGAAAGAAAUAUGCGCUACAUAAUUACAUAACAAUUACAUAACUACAUAAUUAAUUGUGCUCAAAAGUUUACAUACCCUUUGCAGAAUCUGCAAAAAUGUUAACUUUAACAAAAUAAGAGGGAUCAUACAAAUUGCAUGUUAUUUUUUUUUUUGUACUGUCGUGAAUAAUCUAUUUCAGCAAGCUGUUACUCAGUUGUUUUCUCUUUUGAAUAAUAAAAUUUUAGCGUAUACAUCA